AUGGAGAACAAGAACAAUGACGUGACAGAGAGACAAGUAGGGCUAGAAAUGGAAGGACAGAGGAUAAUGAUGGAGAACAUGCAAGUUAACAGUUAUCCUGUUGCAUUUGCUACUCAAGAACAAGUUGUCAGGGAUCGUGCAAUCUUUAUAGAAACACUCAAACAAUUCCAUGCAGCCAUGGGAAUGCGAUUCUCGAUUCCUAUCUUAGGAGGCAAAUUUCUUGAUUUGCAUCUCCUUUAUGUACAAGUUACACAAAGUGGAGGAAUUGAAAAGGUUGUUAAGGAGAAGGGGUGGAAGGAUGUGAUUGCUGCAUUUGACUUUCCAAAGACUACAACUAGUGCAGCUUAUGUGCUCAAGAAGUGCUACCUAGAAAUUCUUUUCCACUAUGAACAGGUGUACUUCUUUAGGAAACAAGGCCCUGUUUCUCAUACUGAAUACUUAGACGUAAAAUUUGCAAAGACUAAGAUCAAUCGAACCAAAUCUACCUCCAGCUCGGCAAAGACAACACGUAAGAGAAAAAGAAACCAGCCUGAGCAGAAAACUGAAGAGAUUUGCAACACUCCUAUUAGUGGAGUAAUAGAUGGAGAAUUUGAGCAUGGUUACUUUGUCACUAUGAUGAUGGGAGCACAAGCACUUCGUGGAGUAGUAUAUAGGGCCAAACAGUCCUUAGAAGCCUUACCCUCUACCAUUGGAAAUACAAGUAAUGCUGGUGUCCCAGAUGUUUCCCCAGCUCAACCUAGCCGCAGCAGAGCAGAGGAUGGAAAUCAGAGUGUGGAGGUAAUGGAAGAGUAGACACCAGGGCUAAAAGCGGACACCGUUGUGGAAUUGAUUAAGAUCUGAAGAAGAAUUCCUAGACAGAAC